AUGAAUGUUGCAGAUGAUCUAACAAGAGAUCAAGACGACAUCAAACUAACAACUUUGGAUAGGUGGUACAAGGGUCCAGACUUUUUAUAUCUCAAAACUGAAUAUUGGCCAAAAGAAGACAGUCAGCAAACGAACCUAGACACUGCAGCAUCACUGGAAUUGAAAAAAGGGACAAUAUGUUUGAUAACAUCUUCAAAAUCUAUCGACGUAUUACCAGAAGUUCAAAGAUUCUCACGUUGGACAUCAUUAAUGAAAAGUACAGCCAUAGUGUUGAAAUUCAUCAGAUUAUGUGCGAGAAAGGAGGAAAAUAAAGUAAUAACAUGUAAGGAUAUCGAAGAAGUAGAAAAAAUAUGGUUUAAGAGGAUACAAAAUGAUUGUUUUAGGAAAGAAAUCGCGAUUAUCGCAGGAGGAGGAACUUUACACAAAAAAAGCAAAUUAUAUCAGUUAACACCGUAUAUGAAAAACGAAUAUUUAUGUGUAGAAGGUCGAACAAAUUAUUCCACAGACUUACCUGAUACAGCUAAAAGCCCAUUAAUUUUUGAUAGCCGUCAUUUUGCAGUGAAAUUAUUGAUUCUACAUUAUCAUGUGAUAAUGGGACACCAAGGUGUAGAAGUGAUCCUCAAUGAACUUCGUCAAAGAUUUUGGAUACUACAAGCAAGGAAGGCAAUAAAAAGAGCGAUGAGAUAUUGUCCAAUUUGCAGCCUGAGGAGAGCAAUUCCCAGAGUUACACAAAUGGGACAGUUGCCUGAUUUCAGGUUGAAGAAACCACAACCACAAAGAGCCUUUGUGUACACAGGUAUAGAUUUUUUCGGACAUUUUGAAGUAACUAUUGGUAGGCGAAGGGAAAAAAGGUAUGGUGUACUAUUUACCUGUAUGUCAGUAAGAGCUAUACACAUUGAGAUUGCUGAGACGCUAAACACUGAUUCAACUCUUCUGGCGAUAAAACGUUUCAUGUCGAGGAGAGGAAAACCGCAGAUGUUUCUUACAGACAAUGGAACGAAUUUUCACGCUGCAGAGAAGGAACUUAAAAAAGCUUAUGAAGAUGUGAAUUUGGAAGUAAUAAGACAAGGUUUAUGCGCUGAAAGUAUAGAGUGGAAGUUUAUACCUCCAGGUAGUCCACAUAUGGGAGGAGCAUGGGAGAGGAUGGUUCGAUCUGUGAAAACCACUUUGAGUAUAAUUCUUAAGGAUAGAUCACCACGACAAGAAGUUUUUCACACAGUUAUGAUAGAAGCUGAACACAUAGUGAAUAGCCGCCCCCUCACCUACAUAUCUUCAUCUCCGGAAGACGAAGAAAGCCUUACUCCCAAUCAUUUUCUAAUUGGGACUUCUAGUAUUUUGAAACCACCUGGACUUUUCAAUGGAACAAAAUGGAACGUGAGAAAACAGUGGCUCAUAGCUGAAAAUUUAAACGAACAUUUUUGGAACAGGUGGGUCAAGGAAUACAUACCUACCUUGACAAAACGCACGAAGGACCACUAA